AAGUAAUACUGACGUGGCAAUAUCAACCCCCACUGUACGGAAGCCUGCCUUUGCAAGUUGCACCGAUGUCCUUAUAAGGAGGCGUCUGGUUCAAAUUUUGGGCGGUGACGACGAGCCAUGACGAGGCAAGCUCUGCAAUUUUUCGAAAAUCUGAAUCGUUCAAUCCUUCCUUGCCUGAACUCAGCCAUAGCAUCUGUAUCACAAACCAGGCAGGCUCAUGCUUAUAUACUAAAAUCUGGAGUUUGUAAUGAUGCCCUUAUUUCGACAAAACUCAUCUCACAAUAUGCUAAUCACCGUUGCUUUGCCGAAGCAGAUCGUCUCCUUAACUCAAUAUCUGAGCCAUCUAUCUUUUCCUUUUCUGCUCUCAUUUAUGCUCUCAACAAGUCCAAUCUUUUCAACCAAUCGCUUACUGUUUUCUCUCGCAUGCUCUCUCAUGGUAUUUUACCGGAUAAUCAUGUGCUUCCAAAUGUUGUCAAGGCUUGCGGUAAAUUAUCGGCCUUCAAAUUGGGCAGGGAGGUUCAUAGCGUUGUUUGUAAGCAUGGGUUUGCUUCAGAUUCCGUUGUUCAGUCUUCUUUGGUGCACUUGUACUUAAAAAGUGAUCGGAUCCGGGAUGCUCGGGAUGUGUAUGAAAGAUUGCCGGAAGGGGAUGUGGUUACUUCUAGCGCUUUGCUUUCAGCUUAUGCUCGUGAGGGUUGCGUUAGUGAGGCAAAAGAAAUCUUUUAUAGGAUGCAAAGUUUGCGUUUGGAACCCAAUUUAGUGUCUUGGAAUGGUAUGAUUACAGGGUUCAAUCAAAGUGGAAACUAUAAUGAAGCGGUCGUCAUGUUUCAGGAAAUGCAUUCGGAAGGGUUUCAGCCUGAUGAUAUUACAAUUUCAAGUGUUCUUUCUGCUGUGGGCGAUUUGGAGAGGUUAAAUAUAGGGAUUCAGGUUCUUUGUUAUGUGAUCAAACUGGGUCUUUUGCAUUGCAAAUUUGUUAUUUGCGCUCUUAUUGAUAUGUAUGGAAAGUGUGCAUGUGCAGGGGAGUUGAUGAAAGUGUUUGAAGAGACGGAUGAGGAUGUUUUGGAUGUAGGUGCUCGCAAUGCUUUAAUAACUGGACUGUCUCGAAAUGGUCUUGUUGAUGUAGCAUUGGAGACAUUUGAGAGAUUUAGAGCACAAGGGAGGGAAUUGAAUGUAGUAACCUGGACAUCAAUGAUUGCUGGAUGCUCACAAAAUGGGAAGGAUAUUGAAGCAUUGAGGCUUUUCAGAGAGAUGCAGAGUGCAGGGGUGAAGCCAAACUCUGUAACAAUACCUUGCUUGCUACCAGCUUGUGGAAAUAUUGCAGCACUGAUACAUGGAAAAGCAGCUCAUGGCUUUGCCCUCAGAACAGGAAUUAACAAUGAUGUUCAUGUUAGCAGUGCGUUAGUUGAUAUGUAUGCUAAGUGUGGAAGAAUCCAUUUGUCUCGGCUUUGUUUUGAUAGGAUAGCAAACAAAAACUCAGUCUGUUGGAAUGCAAUUAUGGGAGGUUAUGCAAUGCAUGGUAAGGCUAAGGAAGCUAUUGAUAUUUUUCAUUUGAUGCAAAGGAGAGGGCACAAGCCUGAUUUUAUUAGCUUUAGUUGUGUAUUAUCUGCUUGCAGUCAGGGUGGUCUAACAGAAGAAGGUUGGCACUUUUUUAAUAGCAUGUAUAAAGACCAUGGAAUCAAAGCAAAAAUGGAGCACUAUUCCUGCAUGGUAAACCUUCUAGGUCGUUCUGGAAAGCUAGAAGACGCAUAUGCCAUGAUCAAGCAAAUGCCAUUUGAACCAGGUGCCUGUGUCUGGGGAGCUUUGCUUAGUUCUUGUAGGCUUCACAAUAAUAUUAGUUUAGGUGAGAUUGCUGCAAGGAGUCUCUUUGAAUUAGAACGAACCAAUCCUGGAAAUUACAUCCUUCUUUCCAAUAUAUAUGCGUCUAAGGCCAUGUGGGAUGAAGUAGAUGCCUUAAGAGAUGUCAUGAGGAGUAGAGGCAUGAAGAAGAAUCCUGGUUGCAGUUGGAUUGAGAUCAAGAACCAAGUGCACAUGCUUCUUGCAGGAGACAAAUCACAUCCUCAAAUGACUGCGAUCAUUGAGAAGUUGUAUAAAUUGAGCAUGGAGAUGAAGAAAGCAGGUUACCUCCCAGAUACCAACUUGGUGUUGCAAGAUGUGGACGAGCAGGACAAGGAGCAAAUCUUAUGUGGGCACAGUGAGAAGUUAGCAGUUGCCUUUGGCCUUCUGAACACUCCUCCUGGCUCUCCCCUGCAAAUAAUAAAAAAUCUCAGAAUCUGUGGUGAUUGUCAUGAUCUUAUAAAAUUUAUAUCUGGCUUUGAAGGGAGAGAAAUAUAUGUCAGAGACACAAACCGCUUUCAUCAUUUUAAAGAUGGAGUUUGUUCCUGUGGGGAUUAUUGGUGAAAGAUUUUAUGGCUGCCCAAGUUUUAGUCGAUAAGCCAUCUUUACUCUUGAAAAUACUGAAGCAAAUUCAACCAACAUUGCUUUGGAAUGAAUCCUACUUAUAAAGCUGGUAUUGGUUGUAAAUACACCAAAAAACCUCAGUUGAGUAAACUAAACGUUGUCUUAAAAUGAAGAUAAACAUCUAGUCUCAGUUUCCUUUGAAGCCUAAAAACAUCAUGAUGGAUAUCUUAAUUCAAAUUGAUGAUACUGUUAAACUGUUUGUGGGUGCUUUGUCCUUCAUUUCGUGCUUGUUGGUGUAACAGAUUACAACCCUCUUGUCACUAUUUGUGCGGACCUCAAUCUUCCAUGCUCUUCCUUUGGUGCUCAAAGAAAAGUAUCAGGACAUCUGAGCUUUUACGGAAACAUGCUCCACCUUGGCUGGCUUCAAUUCUGCUAUCCUGUUAUUAGGAGGCAGCUUGUAGCCUUAUUGGUAGUGACUUUGAUACUGUGUACUGCAGCACUAUUAGGCCUGGAAGGAACUUUCACGUUGAAUAGAUAGUUGGAACUUUAGUUCCCGUCGUAUGCCCUCCCGUGAGCACAACACCUAAUUAACGUUGGAAAGUGCUAUCUUGGAAAAUUGGAAUAUGAUUUUAAGUUAGCUGUUAAAGCAACUGUUACUUGUUCGAGAAUUAAAGUUCUUUGCAGCAAAAUACUUCAAUUGAUAUGUAAUUUAUUCUGAUUCUUGACCAAGAAAGGGAGGGUUGCUCUCAAGUGCUGCUAGGUGCUAAUAUAAAUUGGAUACAGUUUGGUGGCGGGGACCUUGCUACUGCUGCACGGGUUCGGAUUUCAUGUGAUUCUCAAGUCAGGAAAUGGAUCCUUUUUCUAGUUGGUGCUUAGGGUAUGCUCAAACUUUUGUCGACAAUGUAGAGUUAUCUGUCUGUGACUCUUGACCUGUCUCCAGAUGUGAAAUCAAAAUCAUAUAUCAUAGGAAGAUUGGAUAGUGAUCAAGAAAAGCUUAAAGCAUCUUGGUAGCUUGAGAUAACCAUAUUUUAUACCGGCAUUAGGACUCCAACUUAUUCAUAUUUGCUAUAGUGAUCGGAAUUAUUACUCUCAAAAGGUCCACCGUUAAAGAUAUAAAGUUAAAGGAAUAUUUUAAUCCUCUUCUUUCUUUUUGAAGUUGUAAAACUUUGUAUGUUAUCUUCAUUUCAUAUAUGAAUUGUCGAUGUUCAUCAUCUGAAACUUGUCAGGGGGACUGAAAACUUUGUUUUAGUAGGAGCCUUUCUUUCAUCUCAGAGCCAAGUUUAUGGGAUCUGUUGGCUACUGGCCCACAACUCUGAUUAAUUACAUUGGUUUUCUACAUUAAAGUGCAAGGGCCAAGGCGGCCCAAGCAAGUCUUUUGCACAUCCAAUUCAUUGACAAUUUGACAUAACGCUCGUCAAUACGAAUAGCUGUCCUAAACCCUCUCCAUCACCUAAGAGGCUAGGACCUAACAAUAUUGUAAGCAAACUCAAAACAACAAUUCUUUUUCUUGGUUAGCGUUUGGGGCAAAUGGUUAAUGAAAACACCAAUUGGAG